AUGAAAAAAAACAAUAUUUUAUCAGUGCCCAUCAAGUAUUAAAAUUAGAUAUAUUAAGUAGAAGUAAUAAUUAUUAUAUGUGUUUAAUAGAUAUUUGCAUUUGAUACUCCUUUAUAAAUAGCAUAUAGGUUUUGUACAUAACAAAAUUUAGAAUUUAAUUUCAUUUCACCACUUUCAAAAUAAAUUAUUUCUUUUGUCUCCAUGUUACUUGAUUCUAAUAGUAUAGAUAAUACUACUAAAACAUAAAUACGAUUACACUUUGAUAAAUUCAUUAAUAAUGCGAGUAUUAGAGAAAGUAUAAAGAUUGUCGAUACUUCUAUUUAAAUUAGAAAUGAUUGCAUUUAAAUCAUUAAGUAAUAAGAAUCAACUAAAAAUUAAGAAGAGAACUUUAAUUUUUCAUUUGAUUAAGACAAUCAUGAAAAUAAUACAUCUAACAUACAAGAUUAAUUCUAAUUCUCAUUUAAAAAUAAAUUAUAAGAAAUGCUUAAUCCAGAUAAAAAUUAAUCAUCUUCAAGAGGAAGUAGUAGAAUUGAACAUUAUGUUAAAAACAAUUCAAUUCAUUAAAUUGAAAAUCUAUAAAAAUAAGAAAAGUUAAAUCAAAAAAUUAUGAAUAGAUUAAAAAAUAAAUCACCAAGUAAAUCACCUAAUAAAAGAAUUGGUAUACCUUAUUAAGAAUAUAUGAAAAGACCUAGUGUUUAAAUCAAUUAUUCUAAAGACAGUUUUCACUCACAUAAUGUUUUAAGAAAUAAACCAAAUUAAUUUAUAUCUGUUCAAUAGAGUCCAAUCUAUUCACCAGAAAAAUAAGAAUAAAAUACUCUAUAAACAUUACCUAAAGGAAGAAUAAGUAUCUAAAAAUCAAAGUAAUCUAAUUCUAGAAAUAUUUCACCUCAAGAAAUUAGUUUCUCAUAACAAUAGAUUGAUUAAAGCAUAUAAUCUGUAAAUAUUAUUUAAUCUAAUUUUAUAUAGUCUAUGGUUAGUAAUGGAACAUUAUGCAAUAGUAGAAUUGAACAUUAAUCUAAGUAAGAUAGAAUGAAAAGCUUUAAAGAAUUAAUGAAUAAAUUGCAAUGUAUUUCUACUCCACAGAAAAGCUAGAGAAACUAUGAAAUUUAUAUCAAAUAAUAAAAUAAUACUUAUGCAAAAAUAGUAAAUAACAUUUUUAGUUUAAAGUUAUUAGGAAUAAAAAAUUAAUGAAAUAUUUACUGUGCUUGAUACAAAUAAGGACGGUUACAUUGAUCAUGAAGUCAAUUUAUAAUAGUUAAAAUAAUCAAUUAUAGAUUUAUUUGAACCUGUUUGGUUUUAAAUAUUGUGGAAGAAAAUUAAGAUCAAUAAAAGAUAGUUUUAAGAUCUGAUGUAAAAAAGGUAAUUAUUUAAGUAAUUAAGAAUUAAGGAUCUUGAUUAAUAAGAUAUUGGAAAAUUUAUAUUUAAUGGAAUUAAAAAGUGA